AUGGCUACCACAACCGAAACAGCCACAAUGCUGCAAGUACUACCGUCUUUGUCCGCUGCAGACAUCUCGGAGCGUCUACUGAAUGGUACUCUACACGCCGGAUACCCCGCAAUCGAGAAUUUUAUGACAAUAGAUGGUCUCCUGAAGUCGCAUGCUACUGAAAGCGAUGAUGCCCGAAGGCCGCUGAUAUGCUACCCCGUUCGUGGAGCGGCGGACUUUGAACAACACACUGCUGGUGACAUCGACCGGUAUACAGAUGUGGCUGUCCGAUAUUAUAUGACAAAAGGCCUUCAGCCAGCUGACCCAACCUUGGAUCAAGCGCCCGUCAUCGGUCUUCUGGCAGGAUCUAGCUUCGAGGUCAUUUUGACAUUCUUUGCCCUCAACCGCCUCGGAUAUGCUGUACUCUUCCUAUCUACACGGCUCACAGCACCAGCCUAUGCCCGACUGAUGAACAUGGCAAAUUGCAACCAGCUCAUUAUCAAAGAACAGUUUGAACAAGUAGUAACCGACAUUCGCACCGAGCGGCCUGGCUGUAUCAGCUUUCCUGUGCUGCAACGAGAGAGCUGGUUCAACCGUCCAGCCAGCUCUCCUCGAUUCCAGCGAUCAAAUGUAGACCCUAGUCGGGAGGGAAAGAAGAUUGCUUGGAUCUUGCACUCUUCCGGCAGCACGGGUUUCCCAAAACCGAUCUUCUUGUCAAAUCUCCAGACUCUCGCCAACUUCCGCAAAAGCUUCGGACUUCGACUCUUCAAUAUUAGUCCAUUAUUCCAUUCUCAUGCAUUGAUGGAAGUCGGUCGAGCGUUUUAUACCCGUGCAACAAUGUACUUGGGAAACCACUCUCUUCCCAUCACAUAUCAAAACCUGUAUGAUGCGUUGCAGGUCGCCAAGCCCGAGCAAAUCAGCGCCGUUCCAUAUGUUAUCAAGUUACUGGCGGAGAAGCCAGCAGGCGUACAAGAGCUAACAAAAGCCAAGCUCGUCUUGUACGGCGGAUCUAGCUGUCCCGAUGAUCUUGGUGACCGACUCGUCGCACAGGGUGUCAACCUUGUUGCGAACUACGGCGCUACCGAGACAGGCCAGAUCAUGACUUCCUUCAGAUCACCUGGUGAUACAGAGUGGCAGUAUAUGCGGCUUCAUCGGCCUGUCGCAGACUUUACUCUCAUGGAUGAGAUAUCCCCGGAGGUCUUCGAAUGCGUUGCGUUGGAUGGUUUACCGAGCAAAGGACCUUCAAACUCGAAGCCACCUUUCAAUGCGAAAAACCCGGAGAAUAGUUUCCGCACCGCUGAUUUGUUCACACGCCACCCGGACCCAAAGAAGAGCAAUUACUACAAGUAUCUCAGUCGACUUGAUGACCGAAUUACACUUGUCAAUGGCGAGAAAGUGCUUCCCAUACCAAUUGAAGGUCGCGUCAGGGAGGAGGAGCUUGUGAGAGAGUGUGUUGUGUUUGGCUUUCAGCGUACUGUCCCUGGUGCAUUGAUCUUCAGAGCUGAGGGGAAGGCAACCGAAAUGAACGACGACGAAUUCUUGGAGACGAUUUGGCCAGCUGUAGAAGCGGCAAACGCUCGCGCCGAGACCUUCUCCCGAAUCCCGAAGGAAUUAAUUAUCGUCAAAGGUGCUGAUGUGAAGUACCCAGGCACCGACAAGGGAACUUUUAUUCGUGCUCAGGUUUAUCAUCAAUUUGAACAAGAUAUCAACGCAGCGUAUGCCCGCUUUGAAGGCAGUGGGCAGAAUAAGGGAAACCUUGUACUCAGCGUGUCGGAGCUGGAGGACUGGCUGCUCCAGAAGUUCAGCAUGGAGCUGGGUAUUACAUUGCCCAGUGUUGAUGCUGACGUCUUCUCAGCUGGUGUUGACAGCUUGCAGACCACGCAAAUAUGGCGGUAUAUUGUGCGCGAUCUGGAUCUCGGUGAUCAUGAAGUGAAGCUCUCUCAGAACAUCGUCUUUGAGAAGGGGACCGUUCGCGCUCUCGCAAAACACCUUUACCAGCUACGCGCAGGCGAGGAACACGAAGAGGAUGAUGAAGUCCAAGUCAUGCAGGAGAUGAUUGCACAAUACUCACAAUUUACCCAACACUUUCCCACUAUCGCUAAACAACCCGAGCACGAGGUGGUCCUCGUCACCGGCGCGACAGGAAAUCUUGGGGCUUUUAUCGUUGCGGAGAUUCUCAAGCGACCCUCAGUCUCAGAGGUCUGGGCACUUGUUCGUGCUCCUGGUCAAGUGGCCGCAGGCGCUCGCCUGUACAAAUCUCUGUCUGAUCGGAAUAUCAAUCUUACAGAAGGCGAAGCCGCAAAGCUCCGCGCAAUUCCUAGCGAUCUUUCAAAGCCAAAUCUAGGACUAGACAACUACAUCCUCGAGCACCUCCUCACGUCUUUGACCUGCAUCAUACACAGCGCCUGGGCCGUCAACUUUAAUCUCGGCGUGCGAUCCUUUGAGCAGCAACACAUUCGAGGAACAUAUAAUCUGCUCAACCUCGGCCUUCGCUCGAAACUCCCUAUCCCUGCAAGAUUCUUUUUCUGCUCAAGCGUGAGCACAGCGAGCAACACUCCAAAGCCAGCGUCCAUCCCCGAAGUAGCAAUUGAGAAUCUAAAUCAUGCUCAGACCACGGGCUAUGGUCGUUCGAAGCUGGUGGCUGAGCAUGUCACUCGCAACGCUAUGCGUCAGACUGGUCUGCACGCCCGGGUUCUGAGAAUUGGACAGCUGGGUGGUGAUACCAUUAGCGCACAAUGGAAUGAGACCGAAGCUGUGGCACUGAUGUUUCGAAGUGCCUUGACAACUGGUGCACUUCCGGAGCUGAAUGAGAGACCCAGUUGGUUGCCCGUCGAUCAGUGUGCCCGGGCAGUCGCUGAUAUAUCCAUGGAUGUUGCUAUAUCUGAUGCCGACGUGGUCUAUCAUUUGGUCAAUCCGCAUACUUUUAGCUGGAAGGGUGAUUUGCUGCCAGCUUUGAAGAAGAGCUCUGCUUUGUCCAACUUUGAUGUCGUCUCACCCCAAGAAUGGUUAAAGAGGUUGGCAGGCAGUGAGCAAGACCCGGAGAAGAAUCCCAGCAUCAAGCUCAUUGACUUUUGGAGAUCCAAGUAUGAAACCCACGGGCCGAAACCAGCCACUGCGGAUGAAAAUGACGGCCUUGUUUUUGAGACUACCAGGACCGUUAACGAUUGCCCGUCACUAGGCUUGGUGAAGGAUCCUGUUGUGGAGGGGUUGGUUCAACGAUACAUUAAGACUUGGAUGGAGCGAUGGACAAAUAAAUAA